AUGGAAUUGAAUGAUUUAAUGAUUAUGCCCACUCGAGAUGUCCUCCAAUUGCAUGUACGUCUACGCACCAAUGCAGAUGCCUCAAAUAUAUAUGUGCAAUGGUUUCUAAAUCACUCGCAAUUGCCUAUUAUUGUGCAAAUGGGACAGGAAUGGCAGCUAAACGAACAAAAUCGGUUGGCUAACAAGGAGCAGGAGCAGGAUCAAGACCUAGAACCAGAACAGAAUCCAGAUAAUCGUUUAAACAUAGCCAUGGUCACAAGUCUAACGGAAUUCAUCAGUACGCCAAUGCCGACUAGUCGGGCCGGCAUCUAUUUCAAUAUACUCGAAGAAACUGGUGCGGAUCUCUCGCCGAAUGAGCUGAUGCUAUUGGAGCAAAGUUGCCGUUUGCAAUGGACCCAGCAUAAGAUCUAUAAUCGUUAUAUUCUAACUACAUAUGGCAUCUGGUUUUACGAUCCAUUCGGCCGCAUAGACAAUGGAUUCGGUCGACUUGUAUCCUAUGCAGGAGAUGAGAUCUUACCCACUCUACUGUUUCACGAUAUGCGCGGUUAUCCUUUGCGUGUCCAGAUGUUCAAGUCGGUGUAUGCUCGACCCGAAAUAGACAAGGAGACUGGUUUGCUGGUUCGUGUCACUGGACUCGAUUGGUUGGUGGCUCAAAUGCUGCAGGAGAGAUUGAAUUUCACCAUGGUGCUGCAACAGCCGGAUAAGAAUUAUUUUGGUGAACGCAGUGCAAAUGGCAGCUAUAAUGGAGCAAUUGGUUCAAUUAUACGAGAUGGUUUGGAUAUUUGCCUAACGGGAUUCUUUGUCAAGGACUAUUUGGUGCAGCAGUUUAUGGACUUUACGGUGGCCGUUUACGAUGAUGAAUUGUGCAUUUAUGUGCCCAAGGCGAGCCGUAUACCCCAAUCGAUAUUGCCGAUCUUUGCCGUUGGCUAUGACAUUUGGUUGGGUUUCAUUUUAUCGGCCUUUGUCUGUGCCCUAAUUUGGCUAGUGUUGCGCAUAAUCAAUCUGCAGCUAAAUAUUGUCAGAGUCCAUGGCAAACGGCUAUUUCAGCAGGCUCUGGCCAUUGUGGUCGACACUUGGGUCGUUUGGGUGCGUGUAAAUUUGUCCCAAUUGCCGGAGAGUUAUGCGGAACGCAUGUUUAUUGGCUCAUUGUGCUUGGUCAGUGUCAUAUUUGGUGCCAUAUUCGAAUCAAGUCUGGCCACUGUCUAUAUACAUCCGCUGCAUUAUCGUGACAUUGUUACGCUGCAGGAUCUCGAUGACAGCGGCCUCAAGGUGGUAUAUAAGUAUACCUCAAUGGCGGAUGAUCUAUUUUUUAGCGAGACAUCGCCACUUUAUGCCAGUCUGAAUAAGAAGCUAUCAUGGAAUCGUGAUCUCCAUGCGGAUGUCAUAGACGAUGUGGCACGGCAUGGCGGCAAGGCGGGAGUAUCCCGUUAUCUAUCCCUGAUGCUCGAGUCAUCGCACUAUAUGCUAAUGCGUCGCAUUUGGAUAGUACCCGAGUGUCCGAAAUAUUACACCAUCUCGUAUGUUAUGCCACGGGACGCACCUUGGGAGGAUGCAAUAAACGCUUUGCUUCUGCGUCUCCUCAGUGCUGGCAUCAUCGCCAAAUGGAUAAAGGAUCAAAAGUCUCAAGUAGAUAUUGAGAUGCGUGGCAAAAUGACCGAAGCCGAUGCCGAUGACAAUGUUGUGCGAGUCCUAACUAUCGAGGAUCUGCAAUUGGCCUUCUAUGUGGUGGUGUGUGGCAAUCUGUUUGGCCUAUUGGGAUUUCUGCUAGAACAUGCCUGGCAGCGCAUCACCGUGAAGGUGAAGGCAACGACUUUUAGAUACCCCACAUCAAGUACUCGACCUUUGGUCGAUUGA